AUUUAGAAGAACUUCUCCAGGAAAGAAUGAUGCUAUACUGUGCUAUUCCUUUACUGGCACAGUACAGAAGUACAGAUAAUGGAUUCUGAAUUAAUGCACAGUAUAGUAGGAAGCUAUCGUAAACCUCCAGAAAGAGUGUUUGUUCCAUCAAUCGCCCAGAGUGUUGAAUCAUCUCAGACUCACUAUUCUGUGAACUUAGAAGUUACCUCUCCUAAAAUGCUUCGUAGUCCAAAUAGCCAAGCUCUUAUUUUAGCCUUAAAAACUCUUCAGGAAAAGAUUCAUCGUUUAGAGUUAGAGAGAACACAAGCUGAAGAUAACCUGAACAUUCUUUCCAGAGAAGCGGCACAGUAUAAAAAGGCCUUGGAGGAUGAAACAAAGGAGAGAAAUCUGGCACAUGAGGAACUAAUAAAGCAGAAAAAAGAUAUAAGUAUGCAGUUAAGCUCAGCCCAGUCUCACUGUACCCUUCUAGAGAAACAACUAGAAUAUACAAAGAGAAUGGUUCUCAAUGUAGAGCGAGAGAAGAAUAUGAUCCUAGAACAACAGGCCCAGCUUCAAAGGGAAAAAGAACAGGAUCAUAUGAAGCUGCAAGCAAAACUUGAAAAGCUUGAUGUCUUAGAAAAAGAAUGUUUUAAACUUACAACAACUCAGAAAACUGCUGAGGGCAAGAUUAAACAUUUAGAGGAAAAACUAAAGGAAGAAGAACAUCAGCGUAAGCUCUUUCAAGACAAAGCUUCUCAGCUUCAAACUGAACUUGAAAUCAGUAGAAUUUUGAUGUCUUCAGUAUCAAAUCCAAAGCGCUCCAAGGAAAAGAAGAAAUCUUCAAAGAAAACUAAAUGUUUAAAGAGAGGACCACCUCAGCAAAUUUAUUCAAAGUUUGGAUCACUGCCUAUUGUGGCUGAGAAGUCUGCCAGUGCAGGCCAUUCCAGGAAUGCAAGUACCCCAAACCUGCAGACAAUGCAACAUUACAGGCCACAUAUCCUUCAGAAACUGGCUGAAGUUUCUGAACCUAGAUGUCUCUACAAGCCUUCUAAAUCAACUUCUCAAUGUGAAGCUGUACCUUCUGACUCAGAAAAGUCCAUUUCCAUUUGUAACAAUUUGUCUGAACUUUUGAUGGCAAUGCAAGAUGAGCUGGACCAAAUGACUAUGGAGUACCAAGACCUUCUGAAUCAAAUGAAAGAAACUGAAAGCCAAUCAGUCUGUGAAAACAUAGAAUGUGAACUAGAACAUUUAGUCAAGAAAAUGGAAAUUAAAGGAGAACAAAUUUCUAAAUUAAUGAAGCAUCAAGACAAUGUCUGCAAACUGCAGCAAAAAGUUCAGAAUUUGAAGAUGAGUGAAGCUUCAGCUAUUCAGAAAGAAGAUAGCAACUGUAAAGGAUCAAAGAACAUAAAAAAUAGCCCCAGAAAAUGUUUGCUAACUAACUCUCCUCAAAAAAACAGCAACUUUCCUCCAAUACGAGUCCAUAAUCUUCAAAUGAAAUUAAGAAGAGAUGAUAUCAUGUGGGAACAGUAACACAGUAGCAAAACUGUCACCUUAAAUGAACUUUGUCAGUGAGAUCUUGAACUGUCUGAAGUGGUUUUAAUUUAAUAUACCUUUAUGAAAUUUUGAAUUAUGUUUCUAGCCUCUAUAAAGUGUCAAAUUAUAUAUUUUAAAAUUAGUGCCUAAUGACCUCCUAAGAGCCCCAAAUAAUAAAUCAUUGCUUUCUUGUUUUUCUUAUUGACUGAAGUACCUAAUCUUGUGUUAGAAACAUUGUUCACUUUGCAGAUACCUUAAGAUAAAUUUAAAAAAUUAUACUAGACUGAUGAUAUUUAAAACUGAGUUAAAUUUGAGAUACAAGUGCCAUAACACUUUUUCAUUUAGUAGGCUUGGAACCUUAAGAACCAACAUAAAAUUAACAGAGUAUGGAAAGGUCUUUUAACUUUCCUGGUGCUUCCUCCCUAUCUUGUUUUAGAGCUGGGAAAUGUUUUUCUUUUUUGGAAAGGGAAAAGCUUUGGGAAGAGGCCUUUAGCCCAAGUUUUUAUGUGACAAUUACAAAUAGGAACCCAUAGUUACUUAAUUUUUAGAUGACAAUAACUCAGCUGUGGAAGCCUUCCUCUGCUAUUCCCAUUCUCUUUUACAAAUCUAGCUUUGUUUUUUUUGAUCUUACUCCUUUGUAACUAUAUUUUUGAUAUUUUGAUUAGUGGUGCCAUAAGAGAUUUCUUUGUACAUAUAUGCUUUAUAAUAAAUUUACAUUUGUUGACCUAUCUUUCCAGAAGCCUAUGGACACUAGUACAACUCUUCUGAACUUAUUUGGUUUCUCAUCAGAAUCCUUUGGGGCAACUAGAGAACUGGAGUCAUCAACUGAAGUAGAACUAGAAGACUGACAGAAAAGGCAUAACGGAAGUGAGGAACUCAGAAGAUAGGGUAGCAGUUUAAGAGAUGAUGAUUCCGAAGGAAUUGGGAGGUACAUCUUUAUCUACAGCUGGGGGCAUGUUCAAGCUAUAGGUGUGAAAGAAUAAAAAGAUCAACAUCUUGGGGAGCUAGGAAAAGCAAUUUUUUAAAAGACAGUCCUUAUAUCCUCCUAGGAAAUCCCAAAAAGUGUGUGUAGGAGAAAGAGGGUAAUUGUGGACCCUCUGUUGGGGGAGGAGGAAAACUGUGAUUCAGUCUCAUUGGGAGAAGAGGUGCUGUUAGAAGACCUUUCCAUACCUGAAGUGGGGAGAUGACUGAAAAUCGGCACAUUUAUACUUGGAAUUGUCCUUGAAAGCACCUAAUGGCUGAGAUAAAAGUUUCUCUCCCUUUGGUUCAAAUAGUACAUUUGUCCUUCACCCACUUUCACUCCCUCUCCCUUUACAGCACCUUCAGCCCCAGAGAUGUCACAGACUGCUUCGUAUAAACUCAGUUUCAUCACCUUACCUAUUUUUCAACUUUGCCUUUUCUCCUCAAGAAUGUGAGUGCUCGGUGCUUUGUGUCCACCUAGAGGGGU